CGAUGACAUUGGCGAGGAUUUAUAUGAAAAUGUAGUUUCCAUCUUCAAUUACCUAGGCAGAGGUAAAGGUGCUGCGACACAACGAUACAUCCUGGGUGGGGAAUUGCAAAUUGCGCAUACUUAUAUCCUCAUGAAUUGUCCAGAAAUCUCACCGUUUUAUCAAUCAAUAGUCGUGGGAUUGUCGACCCUUUGUUAGUAUCAUUAGCGUGGGGCCCAGGUGCCAGUGCCAAAGUGUGGCGGCAAUAUGUGAUAAACGGUUACACAUAUCACACAGCCGAUUACGGAGAGGGCCGACCAACAACGAACAGCGGGUUAUGUGUCCCGACCAUCGGUUAUGAUAACUCGGAAACCAAUUUUUUUGGUGUCCUGCAGGAGAUUCUGGAACUUGAGAUGCCUUCUGGUGCGAAAAAAUUGACAUGCGUUCUGUUCCGUUGCACAUGGGUCGACCCCACACGUGGCGUGCGCAAAAAUCCGAAGUAUAAUAUGAUUGACGUCAACCUCUCUCGUGUGUACCCGAAAAAUGAGCCUUUCAUACUCGCCCAACAAGCAGCGCAAAUUUAUUAUGCAGAAUAUCCUUCAACAAGGCGGACACAGAAUCCUUGGGUGUGUGCAUGUCCUGUCCGUCCGAACAAAAUAAAAUCACAAACUCAACACAAGGACGUUGAUCUAGAUGCUUUUCAGCAACAAUUUUUCCAACCUCCGCCUAUUGUUGAGACGGUCAACUAUAACGUCCAAUUAAGUGAUCCAAAUGGCGGACGUGUUGAAGUCAUGCCAGAAACGCACCUUCCGGACCUAACCAUUCCAUCUGAG